CAUUAUCAUGUAAAGCCACCAGAACCACCAUCACAGGUUCUUCACAGUCAAACGCGACAUUCAAUCGAACUGGUUCAGAACACCACCUGCACACCGUGUGCAAGCAACCGACAUUCCCGUAAUAAACAUAAUUGAGCACGAAUAAAUUAUCCAUCCAAAGUGUCGAAAUAAUUCUCCAGAAUUCAUUUUUCAACGACAAUUUCUUUUCAGGGGGAUCCUUUGAGAAGGUCAAAACCUGAUUGACAUCAGAAGUCGUAUAGUAUAUUUUGGGCAUGUUGAGAUGUGCUUGAAGAUAUGUGCACAAAAUGAUAAGUCAUACAGAUGUGACAUGACAUGCGACAAACCUAUCCAUUAGAUUUUUGCGUUUGCGUGGUCAAACAGAAGGAUCUGAGGACAUGACGUUUGAAAGAAAGAGGGCAACCAGGGGUCUGGGGGCGGCCAGGGCCUUGGCGACAUCAAUGUGGCUUGCAACGCCGGGAUUUUGGGAAGGCGCUCAAUCGCGAGAUGGGCUUUUCGACGGAUAACACCGCUUGUAGAGAAUCGAGGCCCGCGUUCAAGGAGUGCUGUCACUAAGUGGGAAGGUCACAGGCCGCCUGCGUGAAAUUGCGGUGCGGCGUCGAGCGUCAAGAUCUGCGCCUACUAAGGCCGUCAAAGAUUGAUACUGUAAACAUUUGCACCCGACAGGGCCGUGCAAGUUCGGGCGAGGCAUCAGUACGCCACGCUGGCGAGACACCUGCUGGGUCUAGUCGCUCGGUCCGCUGAAGCGUCAUAAACUUUGCAGAUAUAGACGGCAAGCGCGCAACGCAUGGCGUGCUACCGCCCAAGUGCACUACGAGCCUUGUUCUGCUUGUCCAUAUGCUAAAGCUGCCGAAAUCAGCAGUUUGAAUUGCCGAGUCGGCGGUUGUAGUUGCCGAGCCGGCCCUUGACCAAGAGGUUUGCUGGGGAAGGGCUUGAAUUGUUGAUACGUUUUAAAGAAAAUAUCAUCACUACUUAGGUUCCCCCCCACUUCGCAUGACAGAAUCAACUGGCCUCCUUUUUGGGGUAUAAUUCUCCGCUUGCAUCACUUACAUGUUUGCUUUGACUUUUGCUUCCCGUCCCAAGUUAAGGUAUUGAUGGAUCAUGGCCUCCCCAAUGCAAACAACAAGAGGCAACCCUGCCAAGGUAUGGUUAGCUUCAAUCCGUUUUUUUGGUUUGCGCCCCCACACUCCAGGUUGAUUGGCGGCUUUGGCUGCAUGACAUUAGAGGAGCCUUUACCCUUAUCUGACUUGAUGAAGUUGGGCCUGAGAGAUCCCCAGUCAGGUUACGACGAGAACCUUCAUGCUCAUGAGGAUAUGGUCUCUUUGGAAAGACGUUUUGAAAUGCUGUUGCUCGAAAAGGCUGACCUACUCAGGGAGUAUUUCAUGCUUGAGAUUGAGGAAGUCAAAGUCGAAAGUGAGGAAACAAAUGGUGUAAGCUCACAACCACGACAGCGGCGCGGAUUCUUGAAAAGUAUUCCAAAUGGCUUGGGUCUGAGCUCAGAUGUUGGAUGUUGCUUUGACAGUUUGCCACUCUGUUUAGUAAGACUAUGCAGUGAGGUUGAUUGGAGUGACGAGAAGUCUUGCUUAGAUGGUAUAUGUCAAGUCAUAGCAGACUUUUGCGCUGACCUUCUGCUACCCAGCCCGUCUGUGGAUAUUUCAAGGGCAGCCACCGAUGCUUGGAACGCAGCUGUUGCAGCUGGGGAAUUCGAAGAUGUUGCUGCUGCUGCUACCAAGCGACCUCGUACCAGCCCUCAAGAGUUGCAGGGUCUUCGAUGGCUUCACGAAGCUGUUCGAAAGGGGCUAUGCAAAUGGCCAACAAAUUUCACGAAGGAUGGAACUGUUUUGGACCUCGUAUCUUUGGAUCAGCUCUACAAGAUCUUCGAGCGUUGCUAGGACAUGCUAGGACUGUUUGCUGUGGGAGGAUUGCAGGGCUUCUUUGCAAUCCGCCAGAACCAAAACGAUGCGCCACGAGUCGAAUCAAAA